AUGGACGGCCAGUGGAGCGGAAAACGAACCGAACGCGAAAUGGCUUCCGAUGACGACCACGGAACGAUCACGAAGCCGAGGAAACCUCGAAAGUACCGCGCAACACAACCAUCUGCCAACGGAGGGGACAUUUGGUGGUCACGUGCCUCUUUCCGGCGAGAAGCCGUGGUGAUCGGCCUGCUGUCUUCGGCGGCAGUCAUGGAACACCCUCCUGGCCGAUAA